AUGUUUAAAUGUAACAAUAAUGGAGAUUGUGAUGUUUUUAAAGGAUCCUUAAAAUGUAAAAGUUGCCGUUUUGAUAAAUGCAUUUUGGCAGGAAUGAAUGUAAUGACUUUACGAGGAAACAAUGCUGAAGCUUUUAUGGAAACACAUACACAUAUUAAAAAUAGACUUAAAUAUCUAAUUCUUCAAGGAAAAGCUGUUAAGGAACAUAUUGAAAAAAAUGCGUUUGAAGUAGCAAAUUCUGUUGCGGAAACACCAAUAACAAUUGGACAGGAUACUCAAAUCAUUGAAGUUCUACUCUUAGUAGACAAAAAAGCUCGUCAAAUUAGAAAUUCAAGAGUAAAUGUUCCUGAGUGGCAUUAUGGGUAUCCUUGCAAUUCACUGGAAAUAUUGCUUACAAGAACUGAAAAUUUGCUUACAACAAGCCAAGAAUAUACGAAUGAAAAACAUUUGCAUGUGCCAGAAACAUUUUCGUUUAUUCUAAAAAAUGGACCGUUCGCAUUACGACCCUCAACACUGACCGAAGAUUUACUUUUAAUUGUUGAUUUUGCAAAAACAUUACCUUUCUUUAACAAAAUGUAUUUAUCUGAUAAGGUAAAUGGAAACUUCGAGGAAUUAAAAAAAAUUUUUUUAUCACAGAUUUGUCUUCUUACAUCCAUUGCUAUGCCUCUCGUCGUACUUGUUGAACGGCAAUUUUCUUGCAGCAAAAAAUGCGAAACAGUUACCUUGCCUUGUGGGAUAUCGUUAUUUGACUGCUUUAGUGGAGAACAUUAUAAUGGGGAUUUAACAGUAAAGAAUUAUGUCAAAAGAGUGUUUCUGGAUAGCAUGGAGCCUUUCACUCAACUGCAACUCUCCGACGAGGAAUACGUUCUUAUACGGGCUUUAAUUUAUUCGCAUAUGGUAACAGAGGGGUUAAGCCAUCAUGGUAAACAGUUGUUGCAAAUUGAGGCUGAGAAUUAUGCAAGAAUAUUGAUAAUAAUGUUACAGGUGUGUGAUAGAUGGUCUCUCUGA